AUGGAAGCGCGAGAGGCCAGAAAAGAGAAAGAAGCCCGACGUGAGGUGACCCACAUGAGUGGACACCCCCAGCAGCCCAGCCAAUAUAGUAGUCUAGCAGGACCCACUGUUGGGCCCACCGUUGGACCCGCCAUUGGACCCGCCGUGGACCUGCCGUUGGACCUGCUGUUGGACCCACCGUUGGACCCACCGUUGGACCCUGUGUUGGACCCACUGUUGGACCCGCCGUUGGACCCGCCGUUGGACCCGCCGUUGGACCCACUGUUGGACCCAACGUUGGACCCGCUGUUGGACCCGCUGUUGGACCCGCUGUUGGACCCGCCGUUGGACCCGCCGUUGGACCCACUGUUGGACCCAACGUUGGACCCAACGUUGGACCUGCCGUUGGAUCCACCGUUGGACCUGCUGUUGGACCCACCGUUGGACCCAGCGUUGGACCCGCUGUUGGACCCACCGUUGGACCCACUGUUGGCCCCACUGUUGGACCCACUGUUGGACCUGCUGUUGGAUCCACCGUUGGACCUUCUGUUGGACCCACCGUUGGACCCGCCGUUGGACCCGCCGUUGGACCCGCCGUUGGACCCGCCGUUGGACCCGCCAUUGGACCCACUGUUGGACCCAUUGUUGGACCCACUGUUGGACCUGCUGCUGGUCCCAUGCCGUGGCUGUACCUUUGAGGAGUCGUACAGCAGCUGUGGCUACAGUGUUUCCCUGGGGACCAAUGGAUUUACCUGGGAACAGGUCAACUCGUGGGAGAAGCCCACCAUGGACCCUGCCCUGCCUACUGAAAUUAGGAAUCUGUUUAGAGGGCCUCCAACUGAGGCCGGCCAGAUCAUCUGGGAGAUUAGCUGCCAUCAUACCCCACUGGAAAACGGGCGGAAUAUCUGGGAGCUGGAGCCGGCGGCGCUGGUUGAGGGAUUUGGUGGCUGCUAUCUGUUGUUUUUGGCCCGUUUUGGCGCUCGCUUCUCUGCUUCUGCUUCAGAUCCAGUUCACGGCCCCCAAAACGUCAACGUGGUGGACGUCCGCGCUCGGCAGCUGACGGUCCAGUGGGAGACGUUUGGCUACGCCGUGACCCGCUGCCACAGCUACAACCUGACGGUCCAGUACCAGUACGUCUUCAACCAGCAGGAGUUUGUGGCCGAGGAGCUGAUCCAGACGUCGUCGCACUACACCCUGAGGGGCCUGAGGCCCUUCGUCACCGUCAGGCUGCGCCUGGUUCUGGCCAACCCGGAGGGCAGCAAGGAGAGCGAGGAGAUAGUGAAGCAGACAGAGGAGGACGUGCCUGGUUCCGUGCCGAUGGAGUCUCUGCUGAACUCGCCCUGUGAGGAGAAGAUCCUGAUGCAGUGGAAAGCUCCCAAUGAGACCAACGGAGUCAUCACACUGUACGAGAUUACCUACAAGGCUCUAAGCUCGCUGGACCCCAGCGCCGAUCUAACCACCCAGAGGGGACGGGUGUUCAAACUGAGGAACGAGACCCACCACCUGUUCGUCGGGCUCUACCCUGGGACCACCUACUUCUUCACCCUGAAGGCCUCCACAAACAAAGGCUUCGGACCCCCGGUCACCACUCGCAUCAGCACCAAGAUCGCAGCACCCAUGAUGCCGGAGUACGAGUCCGAGGCGCCGCUCAACGAGACCGAGACCACCAUCACCAUCCUGCUGAAGCCGGCCCAGUCGCGCGGCGCCCCCAUCAGCUCCUACCAGCUGGUCGUGAAGGAGGACCGCAAGUCCAAGAGCCGCCGCGCCGCCUCCCAAAGCCCAGAAUGCUUUUCGGCCCCCGUCAGCUUCCGCAACGCGUCCGCGCUGGACUCGCCGUACUACGUGGCCGCGGAGCUGCCGCCGUCCAGCCUCACCGUGGUGCAGCCCUUCACCGUGGGCGACAACAAGAGCUACGGAGGCUUCUGGAACCCGCCGCUGUCGCCGGCCAAGAGCUACAGCAUCUUCUACCAGGCCAUGAGCCGCGCCAACGGGGAAACUAAAAUCAACUGUGUGCGUCUGGCCAACAAAGUGGUAAUAGGUAGGGGACAAAUAACCACGCCGUACAUUCUAGUCAUCCCAAGCGAAGGUGCGUCCACGCAGGACUCGGACGCCAUGGAGCCGGAGAAGCAGGUGGACGGCACCGUGAAGAUGGCCGGCGUGAUCGCAGGGAUCCUCAUGUUCAUCAUCAUCCUGCUGGGCCUGGUCCUCACCUUCAAACGCAGAGAGAUUCACACGUGGAGAACUCUGAGCGUGGGAAGACAUGCUUAUUCCUACUCUUAUUACCUGAAGCUGGCCAAGAAGCAGAAGGAGACGGCCAGCAGCUCCACCCAGCAGAGGGAGAUGGGCCCCGUCACCACCGCAGACAAGAGCACCACCAAAGUCAGCACGCUGCACAAGGACGACCCCUUCUCCACCUCCACCCAGGACCUCAACGGCUUCGCUUCGCCUUCUCCCUGCUCCUUCUCUGUGCAGGGAAGUAAGACGCUGCAGAGCAAAUCCCUGCUCAACUCCUACUACUCAGUUUCCAAAGAACCGGUUCCAGCCACAACAUCUAUAGACGGGAGCCAGCCAUCGCUCGCUCAGCCCUCUCUCACCCUGCAGAGUUUCCCCUACGGAGGCUGUGAGUCCGUGGAGCUCUCCUACCAGAGCGGUCAGUUCCAGGCAGGACAGUUUCAGCCGGCUAUUCGAGUUGCAGACCUCCUCCAGCACAUCACGCAGAUGAAGUGUGGACAGGGCUAUGGAUUCAAAGAAGAGUAUGAGGCCCUGGCAGAGGGACAGACGGCGCCCUGGGAAACCGCCAAGAAGGACGAGAACCGUAACAAGAAUCGCUACGGCAACAUCAUCUCUUACGAUCACACCAGAGUCCGACUGCAGCUGCUGGACGGAGACCCCCACUCGGACUACAUUAACGCCAACUACAUAGAUGAAGAGGAGGAAACGUCGGCGUGUGAGGAGAAAAGGAGAAAUGCUGUGCUUCUCUCUCUCCAGGGCUACCACAGACCCAGACAUUACAUCGCCACACAAGGACCCAUGCAGGAGACAGUCAGAGAUUUCUGGAGGAUGGUCUGGCAGGAAAACUCGGCCUCUAUCGUCAUGGUUACCAACCUGGUGGAGGUGGGCAGGGUGAAGUGUGUGCGUUACUGGCCCGAUGAGACGGAGGUGUACGGAGACAUCAAGGUGACCCUGAUAGAAACGGAACCACUGGCCGAGUACGUCAUCCGGACCUUCACCGUCCAGAAGAAGGGUCAUCAUGAAAUCCGUGAGCUCCGUCAGUUCCACUUCACCAGCUGGCCCGACCACGGCGUCCCCUGCUACGCCACCGGACUGCUGGGCUUCAUACGACAGGUCAAGUUCCUGAACGCGCCCGACGCUGGGCCCAUCGUGGUUCACUGCAGUGCUGGUGCAGGGAGGACGGGCUGCUUCAUAGCCGUGGACAUCAUGCUGGACAUGGCGGAGAACGAGGGUGUGGUAGACAUUUUCAACUGCAUCCGAGAGCUGAGAUCCCAACGCGUCAACAUGGUCCAGACAGAGGAGCAGUAUGUGUUUGUCCACGAUGCCAUCCUGGAGGCCUGUCUGUGCGGGAACACAGCCAUCCCAGUGUGCGAGUUCAGAGCCAUCUACUACAACAUCAGCAGACUGGACCCCCAGACCAACUCCAGCCAGAUCAAAGACGAGUUCCAGACUCUGAACAUAGUGACGCCCAGGGUCCGUCCGGAGGACUGCAGCGUGGGGCUGCUACCCAGGAACCACGACAAGAAUCGCAGCAUGGACGUCCUGUCGGCGGACCGAUGCCUCCCCUUCCUCAUUUCUGUAGACGGCGAAAGCUCCAAUUACAUUAACGCUGCAUUAAUGGAUAGCCACAAACAGCCAGCGGCCUUUAUUGUUACCCAGCAUCCUUUGCCAAACACCAUGGGCGACUUCUGGAGGCUGGUAUUUGACUACAACUGCUCCUCCAUUGUGAUGCUCAAUGAGAUGGAUGCAGCACAGCUCUGUAUGCAGUACUGGCCAGAGAAGAGCUCGUGUUGCUAUGGCCCCAUCCAGGUGGAGUUCAUAUCGGCAGACAUUGAUGAUGACAUCAUCAACCGGAUCUUCAGGAUCUGCAACAUGGCCAGACCACAGGACGGUUACCGCCUGGUGCAGCACUUCCAGUUCAUCGGCUGGCCGGCCUACAGAGACACGCCUCUCUCCAAGCGCUCCAUCCUCCAGCUGGUCCGGAGGCUGGCCAAGUGGCAGGAGCAGUACGACGGCGGCGACGGGAGGACCGUGGUGCACUGCCUUACCGGUGGAGGGCGUUCUGGAACGUUCUGUGCCAUCUGCAGCAUCAACGAGAUGAUCCAGCAGCAGAACAUUGUGGAUGUUUUCCACACUGUCAAAACCUUGAGGAACAACAAGACCAACAUGGUGGAGACGAUGGAACAGUACAAGUUCUGCUACGAAGUGGCUCUGGAAGCGCUCAGCUCCUUCUGAACCCACCGUUCCUCCUCCCCCUGACGCUGCCUGACGCUGGUCACACGAGGCAAUGGGCACGAGCUGCGGGCGCUGUGCACGUGAUUGUGAAUAGGAGCGAGCGCAUGCUUGUGCGUUUGAGCCGUGUGCCUGUGACGACGCGCUUUACACACGAGGAAAUAGGACCGACGCAGCGGUGGUUUUCAUUGGGUGCGACUGGGACUCUGCCUGUACAGAAAAAAAGAUCUAAUGUGUUUAAAAAAAACAAAAACAGAUGUUAAAAAAGUGCAUUUUUCCUGCUCUGUCUGUCGGGCUGUGACGUGACUAUUGUACAGUACUUCCUUUUUAGAUAUAUUCUACGCCUUGAAUGUUGUCUCCCUCUGAAGGCCGGAUGCACACUGGAAGACGUUUGCGUUUACUGAGGUGAACUCAGGCCUCAACGCCUGUGUUCAGUGAUUAUACUUACAUAAAGUAUCUAUAAAUAAUGAGAGAUGUCUGGCUCACUUUUGCUCAUGUGGAUGUUGAUGUUGGUCCAUUAGUCGGAUCAAAGCGAGAGCCAAGCGACCAAGCGUUCACGUUUGACCGUUUCCUUUGAAAUCCCAGACUGGUGGAUUUUCUUGUGCUCAUGUUGUUAAUGCUAAGUUCUGCUCAACACUUCCUGUAAUUGGCUUCAGAAAAUGUCCUCGGUUCCUGUCCUCACAAAUGAAGGCGUCACAAGAAGUGAAAGCAGGCAGAAGUAACACGAGGAGCAGAGGGUCAAAUGCAUGACGAGAGAUCAACCUUACUUUGCCUUCUGUCUCUGCUCCUUUCGUACGUUUGUCUGCCUCUAUGUGAAGUGGCUUGGUCUUUAUCUCAGUGUGCAUCCACCCUUAAUGUAAAUAAGACAACCACAGUCAAACAAACAAACAUCACCAGACAUUAAAAAUUCAAGUUUUCAUUUCAAAAACACUCAAAGCUGCGUCGGUCGUUUGAAGUAAAGCCUUAUGUUACCUCACUGCAAACUGAGACAAAUAAUUACUUCUAUUUGCAUAUUCACAUUCACCUGAUGCACAUGCACAGUGACUCGGAGCGGAGGAGGCUUUAGUGUGAACGGCUCUUGUACAUCUCCAUAAACUGAAAACUGUGUCACUUUGGAUGAUUUGGAUUUAACUUCUGUGAAAACCGCCACAUUUCCAUUUCCUUCCCCACAACUUAGUAAAUCUGUUUUUGUACCUUGCUAUUUAAGGAAGCGCGUUUGGAUCCCGAGGCAGAUGGCUUCAUUUUAACACAGCCUGCCUGUUUUUUAAGGUUCACCUGAGGCAGUUGUUGCGACAUUUUCAGCUUAGCUGAGCAGCAUUAGCAUCGUUGAAAGCAGACACACAAAAACAUCUGUGCACCGUUUUUUCCGUUUCACUGCAAGUUUGAAUUAGUAUCUGAGUGUUUGCUCUAAACGAGAGGGACUGAGCUGCACAACCAAAAAGAUGCGUCUGUUAAUUUGCAGUAUUUCCUAAACUGUUGCUCCAAAAUGAUGGCAAAUUAAUGAUCUGGCCGACGUGUCUGACGUUGAGACACAGACGUGAGGCCGUGAUGGCAGCCAAUCAUCAGACUUUUGUAUUUAUGUCUGUUAUAAAAGACGCGUCCUGAUUUUCGUCAGGCACCUUUGGAACUGUGUCGAAUCAAACCAACUGUGAUCACAUUUGCAGAUUUCUUGCCAAUGUCACGGCUAAAGCCAUGAAAGCUGAGGUAACUGGCCACCAACGGAGCAGGAUGCCAUAUUAAGGGCUUCAUUUUCCAACACCACACAUCUAUUUUGGUAGAACCACUAAACAGAAACAUUUUGUACCUUAAUCUAGAAAAAGAACAUCUGAACUGAUGACAUAAUUUGUUGAACAGACAUCAGAACUGAGUUCACCUGUUUGGAGAAAUUGUUGGUCCCAGUGUUCGUGGCCAGAACCAGUGGUAAAGUGUUCAGUCUGCGCUUCCCGUCCUUUUCUUUGCUGGCGUCCAGUCGUUUUCAUGGACCUAUCAGGACAAAAACAGUGUUGUUGAGACGAUGUGAAAGCCAGAAACAUCUCAUUCAUUCCCAUGAAGCUUUAUUUCAUUGGCUUGCUUCACAGCCAUUCAUGUGACCAUUGGAUUUCUUUUUCCCCUUUGUCUUGAAUUUGUCUUUUGUUUUGUAUAAUUAUUCCAAUAAUUAUUUGUCAAGUGCUUAGAUUUGGUGAUGCCAUUUCCAUUGGUUGUUUAGUUGUUUGAAAUGUGGUUAACAAUAAAAGGGACCAAAAUGUUGAA